AUGGCGGUAUGCUGGAAGUACGCUACAGGGUUCCUGGACUUCUACAAAGGCACUCUCAUCCUUGGGUCUAACUCUGUGUUCUCCAGGGGCUCCCAGACCACGCUGAAGGAUGAGAGCCAGUUUACAGGGCACUGCAGGGUCCACAGCCAGGACCAAGGUGCAGUGGCCCUUGUGUGCUUCCAGUAUGGUGGGGACAGGGCUUGGAUCCUGCUCACCGGUCUCAUAUGGGCAGCUGCUUGCUGUCCGCACACUCUGGGGCAGCAGGGGCAGCACUUGGCGCCUGCUCACCGGUCUUGUAGCGGCGGCCCAUGUCCACCUCUGGAGCCCAUGAUGGCAGCGGUGAAACUGGUCGACGGUGAUGGACUAGAGUUCAGGAAGCGCCAUUCUGGACCAGCAUUUGGCAUCAACAGCAUUUUAUAUCAGCGUGGCUUAUAUCCAUCCGAAACCUUUACUCGAGUGCAGAAAUAUGGACUCACCUUGCUUGUAACUACUGAUCCUGAACUCAUAAAAUGCCUAAAUAAUGUGGUGGAACAACUGAAAGAAUGGUUAUACAAGUGUUCAGUGCAGAAAUUGGUGGUAGUCAUCUCAAAUAUUGAAAGUGGUGAGGUCCUUGAAAGAUGGCAAUUUGAUAUUGAAUGUGACAAGACCACAAAAGAUGACAGUGCCCCCAGAGAAAAGUCUCAGAAAGCUAUCCAAGAUGAAAUUUGCUCAGUGAUCAGACAGAUCACAGCUACAGUGACAUUUCUGCCACUGUUGGAAGUUUCUUGUUCAUUUGAUCUCCUGAUUUAUACAGACAAAGAUUUGGUUGUACCUGAAAAGGGGGAAGAGUCAGGACCACAGUUCAUUACCAGUUCUGAAGAAGUUCAUCUUCGUUCAUUUACUACUACAGUUCACAAAGUGAGUAGCAUGGUAGCCUACAAAAUUCCUGUCAAUGACUGAGGAUGAGCUAAAGACAGUAAUGUACUUGUAUUCUCAAAUGUGGUUUUCCUGAAACCAAAUCAACUUUAGUUGAUAUAUUUCAUUGGUUAAUUUUUAGAUGGGGAAAACUUAACAUUAUACUUUACUGAAUCUGUGCAUAAUUGUUCCAUUCCUUGGUACCUGUUUCACUUUCCAUAUGGCUGAUGUAAGUUAUUGCACACUGUUCCAAAGGGAACUAGCAGAUUUCAUUAACAUUGUAAUGUCAAUUCCUUUGAAGGUAGUACUG